AUGGCCUCGUUCAAGGAAUUGUCCCUCUCGCGUCCGCUCCCUAACCCAACUCAACGACAACACUCCCACUCAAUCUCUCUCGGUGCUGUCAAUGCCAACCACCGUGUGACGCGUCGAAAGAGUGUCACCACCGCGGCUGCCAAUGCCGCCGCCGCCAUUGCGGCCUCCAUGAAGGAGGGCGAGUCCGCGCUUCUCCCCAUGGCCGCGCACCGUCGCAGCCUUGGGGGCCGCAAGGGCAUGGAGUCCACUUCGGUCGGGGGCACAUCGGGAUUUAGUUCAUACCUCUCGCGAAGCGUGAACAGUCCUAGCCAGGAGCCUCCGGUCGCUCGCAAAGCCUCCCCUAGCAACUCCGAUGACGGCAAAGUAAAGGGCCGGAACCGCCGAGCCAGCGAAGGCGCUCAAUCCAAGACUGAGGGGAAGCGGGUUCCGGCCGAGCUCCGCUGCGAUCGCUGCGGGAAAGGGUAUAAGCAUGGCAGCUGCUUGUCUAAGCAUAUGUGGGAGCAUGACCCAGCAUGGGCGGUUACCUCGAAACUACUUAUCUCCAAGCAUCAGCAGGUUCAACUGUUGGAGGCUGCCACGGUGCUCGUCACCAUGAACCAGGACGGCCCCGAGCAAUGCCACGAGCACUGCCCCGAAGCGGAUUCCGAAGUUUCCUCCGGAUCGCCCGAUGCCUCCUCGGAUGUGCACGAUGGUCUCAGCUCCGCUGAGACCACCCCUCCCCCGAUUGACGAGGAAGAGGAAGACGACUUUGAGAUGUCCGGUAUGCCGGCCAACUGGACUAAGCGCCCCAGCAUUAGCAACGCUUCGGCUUUCUCCCGCUCCUACCAGUCGAUCCCCUCGAGUUCGUACAACGAGAGUGCUCCACUCCACUCCCCUACCUUCUCUCAUUUCCGCCAGUCCAGCAUCGAUACCCGCCCAUCCACCGCUGACACCCGACUGCACGAUGAUGACGAGGCCGAUCUUGCAGCAGCGAUUGGGCUUUGCAACUUCGGAACUCCCCGAACAGGGCCUGUUUCCAUGACACCGGAUGUGCCCCCUGUUCCUCCGCUGCCGGCUCGUUACCUGGACUCGAGUAGCCACCCGAACAACCAGAGCCCGCGCCUGUCGCAGCUGGGUCCUAUGAACGAGGCUUACCGACGAGAAUCCAACGCGGACCUCUUCCUGUCAGUUUCCGCCGCUUCGUUCAACCCGUCACUGUCAUACAAGGUGUCGGAUGAGCGUGGGCCCCGAAACGGACCCAAGGGAGCCGAACCCCGUCGUCAUAGCCGCAACGCAGAUGUCGAUUUUGGCAGCCGUGCUGCGCCUGCGGACGAUGAUGACGAUGGUGUCUUUGGACGCAUGGAGGAAUAA